AUGGCGCUUCGGGCUCUUCAUUCUUCCAUGCCAAACAAUAUUCAAACAGGAUCUCCGCAAUCUCAACAGGACCACAUUCUCAGGACAUCAAUACGUUCUUGUAUGAAUCCAAUGAAAUCUCCCAAUCAUGUUCCUUCACGGUUCCAUUCGCAAGCACAACCUCAUCAAUAUCAACCUUUUCAAACAAGACAACUUCCAUCUCCAAUAGAACAGCAAACCCUUCUGUCAAUUGUACAACAAUACCCUCCUCCUUCUAUUGUACCUCAGUACCUUCCUCCAGAUUUACACAAACCCCCUCCAUCAAUCAUACAUCAACCCUCUCCAUCAAUCAUACAUCAACCUCCUACUUCAAUUCUUCAACAUAUCCCCCCUUCAAGUAAACAGGAACCUCCUAUUCCAAUUGCUGAAAAUUCUCAUUUAAUUCAGCAACAAUCUCCUAAUUCAAUUGAACUCGUCUCUCCUCAACGUGAGGCUGAGAUGAAUGUUAAAGCCAAAGAAGCAACGCAUUCGCAAGAUGAACGGAAUCGGGAUCAGCAAUACCCAAUAGAAAUGAAUCCGGAUGAGCCAGGGUCUUGUAAUUCGUCAGAAUAUGGGAAUGAAACUAUAAAAGAAAAAGAAGCUAAAACAACGUCUGAAACAAAUGAUAUACCAGUCACCUCAGUAGCAGAACAAGUGGACAAUCCGUUACAACAAAUUUCACCACUCAACAAAGUUCUACAGCAAGCGUCGUCACCACAACCUCAAGAAAAUGUAAAAAAUAUUACAAACACUUUGAAAAAAUUCACUCUAAAUCCAAAAGCUAAAGAGUUUUUCUUCAAUCCCACAGCUAAAUCAUUUCUAUGCAGGUUUCCAAGUACUCCAUUAACAAAACGACCAUAUGCCCCUCAAAUGCCCAGAAUUAAUGUAUCUGCUACAGUUAAUGGUCACUCAGCAAUGACUCCACUUUGGACACCGCCCCAUCACGUCAUGAAUAGUCAAUCACCACCAAACCAACAAUGGCAUUGGUUCAUGAGAACAGACAUAGCACACCAAAUGCAAGUAACAACUGCAACUGGUCAGCCGUUAUCAGUUCUAGCUCCAAUUCAACAUUUCAUGUACCAACAAACAAUGAAUCAGAUGUAUCCACCGAUACAUAUGCUCGGACCCUUUGAUCCACAAGCUCAAUAUAUGCCAUCAAAUUUUCUUCCAUCGGCGACUGGAUAUCAAACAGAGCCUCCGCAAUAUAAUCGAGAUCAAUGGCCUCAGCCAGCUACACAUCACCCACAGGGCCACCAACAAUUUCCUCCAGUGUAUCCUAUCAUACCAACACAGCUGCAGGUGAUGCAAAGCAUGCAAUAUAUGCAGCAAGCCCCUCCCCCUCCACAACCACUCAUGUAA